AUGGACGAGUUCGCUUCCGAGUCCGAUAGCGACUAUACCAGCUAUUGGCGAGACUGGUUCAUCUCCUCACGCGGACACGAGUAUUUCUGCGAGAUUGACGAGGAUUACCUCACUGAUCGAUUCAACUUAACUGGACUCAACACAGAGGUCCAGUAUUAUCAGUAUGCUCUUGAUCUAAUUACAGAUGUUUUCGAUCUCGACUGCGACGAUGAGAUGAGAGAGACUAUUGAGAAAUCAGCUCGCCAUCUGUAUGGUUUGAUCCACGCUCGCUACAUUGUCACUACGCGUGGCUUGGCAAAGAUGUUGGACAAGUACAAGAAAGCUGAUUUCGGCAAAUGCCCGCGAGUCUUCUGCCAUUCUCAUCCGCUUUUGCCCAUGGGCCAAACAGAUCUCCCUCAUCAAAAACCUGUCAAGCUCUACUGUGCUCGGUGUGAGGACGUCUACAACCCCAAGUCUUCUCGGCACUCCAUCAUUGAUGGCGCGUACUUUGGAACUUCCUUCCACAACAUCAUGUUCCAGGUCUAUCCGGCGUUGGUUCCUCCCAAGAGCUCUGACCGAUACAUCCCCCGCGUCUAUGGAUUUAAGGUACACGCCACGGCUGCGCUGAUUCGCUGGCAAAAUACCCAGCGUGCAGACAUGCUUCGACGAUUACGAAAGCUGGAAAUAGAGAGCGGGUUUAAAGAUGAUCUUGGCGACGAUGAUCUCGAGGAGGAGGACGAGGAGGAAGAAGAUGUAGAACUCGAAGCCAUGGAAGGAGAGAUUCAAAAAGACGCACUCGGAUUGCUCCUCACUGUGACGCCUAAAACCCGUGCACCAGGAUGA